CAGGGGCGGACUGAACAUUUGGAAACUCGGGCACUGCCCGAGGGCCCGGGGUCAGUAGGGGGCCCCAUGAGAUGACCCUGGUACCUUUUUCAUUGGCUUUUUUGAGUUUGGGCAAGGACACAGGGACCCCAUGAUACCCUAUUGCCCGGGGGCCCCAUGAGUUGUCAGUCAGCCCCUGCUCUGCCCAUCAGUGCUGCCCAUCAGUGCCCAUCAGUGCUGCAUAUCAGUGCCCAUCAGCAUAGCCUCAUUAGUGCACAU